AUGCCAAAGACACCGUAUACAUCCCAAACCACCGCCGAAGAGGCCUGUACUGCGCUCGCGGAGCAUAUCCGCGGGAAAAGAGCCCUCGCUCUCGCCUCGCUGCCAGUCACGCACCACCCCUCCCUCCUUAUCCUGGCUGGCAGGAACCCUGCCACAUUGGAGACCAUCGUCGCCAGUAUCACCGAGAAGGAACCCUCCCUCCGGGUCAGACCUGUGGUCCUGGAUCUUGCGAGCCAGAAGAGUGUGCGUCGAGCGGCUGAGGAGGUCCUGGCAGACACUAGUGGCGUGGAUGUCAUCAUCAAUAAUGCGGGGGUGAUGGCUUGUCCGUAUGCCACGACGGAGGAAGGGGUGGAGUUGCAGUUCGGGACGAAUCAUGUGGGGCAUUUCUUGCUCACGAAUCUGCUGAUUCGGGAGAUGCUGGAGCGGAACGGUAACAGGGGGAAGGAUGGGGAGGUGGUUAGGGUGGUCAAUGUGAGUAGUGCGGGGCAUAAGAGAGGGGAGGUGAGGUUUGGGGAUGUUGGGUUUGAGAAUGGAAGUGUUUACGACAAGUGGCAGGCUUAUGGGCAGAGUAAGACGGCGAAUAUGCUGUUCUCCGUGGCUUUGGCGGGGAAACUCGGAGGUCGUGGGGUGAUUUCGCUUAGUCUCUACCCUGGUAGCGAGGCAUUUGGAUGGAAGACCGAGGAUGGAAAGGUCGUUGAUGACCCGAAGUUGAAUUGGAGAUCAUUGAGCCAGGCAGCCGCGACGUUGGUUGUGGCCGGGUUUGAGCCGAAUAUUGCUGGGGAUAAUGGGUCGUACCUGGUCAAUAACCAUAUUGCUAAUGACCAGGCUGCUGCGUAUGCUCUAAGUCGAGGCAACGCGGAGAAGCUGUGGGCUCACACGGAGGAACUGGUCGGGGAGGAGUUCGACCUUUGA